AUGGAGGUAUUCAGGUCUCACCUGACCGAUUACUACCAUACUAACGUUAAGGAUAUUUCAGAUGUGGCCAGAAUAGCAGAAAAACAGAAGUCAGUGUUUUCUUUGACCAACAAGGCUUACCUCCUAGCUCUUACUGCACCAGUGACAGUAGCUGAGGAUGAAAGAACAUUUAGCAAGCUAAAACUUGUUAAAACACUCUGCAGAUCAACAAUGAAUGACGAACGAUUGGAGGAGCUAUUAAUAAUGGCUUGUGAAAAAGAUAUCACGGAUGAAAUAAGCGUUGUUAAAAUGGCUACAGCUUGGGCAGCGUUAAAACGACGAGGAGUCAAGAUAUCCUUACCAUAAACGUUUUCGCCUAUAUAUGUAGAGAUUAAAUGGAUGUGCUUUUUUGACAUUUAUAUCAUGUAUUUUAAGAAACUAUUUCGCCUAUUUUAAAAAUAAAUUAUCUUACUACUCGGAGUUCAUUGUGACCCCAUUGUUGUACAUCACUUAAAAAAGAAAUAUGGUUCGUCUGGGAAAUACAAUUGAAUACAACAAAUUGCGAAAUAAAGUAAUUCACGUCGUGAAACAGGCAAAGUCUAAAUACUUCGAGUCUCAAGUGAAUCAUCUAAAACAUUCAAAGCCAAGGAAAUGGUGGAGUGCUAUUAAAAACCUAGCUGGUUUUUCUUUAAAGCCUGCCUUCCAUUCUGCAGAGGUGAAUGGAACUAUCUUGCAGGGACAAGACUUAGCACUCGCUGUUAAUAACGGGUUUUUAGCCGCCACUAAAUCGUUACCGCCGCUUUCAAUUACUGAUAAAUUAUCUGUGGAAGAACCUACCGUUUUGUACCCUAUCUCCAUUGUUGAUGUCGAAUCGCGUUUAAAAGCAGUUAAAUCGAAUAAAGCUCCUGGUCCAGACUCUCUGCCAAAUUGGAUUCUCAAUAACUUUUCAAUGGAGAUUUCAGAACCUGUGACAAUGAUUUUUAAUGCCUCCAUUAAACAAGCACAAGUUCCAAUGCAGUGGAAAGAAGCAAAUGUCGUUCCCGUCCCUAAGACAUCCUCGGUCACGGAUAUAUCUUCAGACCUGCGACCUAUAUCUCUGACCGCUACGCUCUCAAAG